AUGACAAAUGUGCCUGUUUUCUCUUUUUCAGACGAUUUGGCGAGUAAAGCAAACAUCAUCAUCGACCCCGCGGAGAUCCAGGCCACGUCCAUGGACGACCUGGACGAGGACGACGAGAGCGGAGCUGCUCAGAGGCUUCCCGGGGCCGUGGCGAUGGGCGGAGCUCUGGCGAGGCCCAGCUGGUUAAGUUCUCCCACUUUGGGUCGGGCCAACCGCUUCUUGAGCACGGCCGCCGUCAGCCUGAUGACCCCCAGGCGACCCCUGAGUCAGCCGGAGAAGGUGAAGGUCCGAACGCUCGCCGUGGAGCAGCGCACCGAGGAGGACAUCGAGGGAAGUCAUGGCAACGACGGCCUGUUGCUGGGGCGACCGCUCGAGGAGCCCGAUCAACAAAUUGCAGACAAGUCGCUGCUGGAGAUCGUGGACGGGAUCGUGAUGAUGUACAACCUGAGUGUCCAUCAGCAGCUGGGGAAGAUGGUGGUGGUGUCGGACGACGUCCAUGAGUACGCCGUGGCGCUGAAGGAUACGGAGGAGAAGAUCGCCCGCUGCCCCGCCAGAAGGGCCGACAUCCUGGAGGAGCUCCAGAAGAGCCAGAAGGUUUUUGCGGAGAAGCUGAACCACCUGAGCAGGAGGCUGGCCUGGAUCAACGCCACCAUCUACUCCAAGGAGAAGAUGCUGGACAUCUACUGGCUGCUGUGUGUCUGCAUCCGCACCAUCGAGCACGCCGACAACACCGGCUCUCUGUUCGCCUUCACAUCAGAGUUCUACCUCAACGUCGCCAUGAACGCGUACAGCGCCCUGAAGAACUACUUCAGCCCGGCUAACGGCAUGGACGAGCUGCCCGGUAAGCACCGCGAACCAUCAGCCCACCCAGCCUGCAGGUGAUGUUUGACCUGAGGCAGGUCGUUGAACGGGCGGGGCGCGCUUCAUCAGGGUUGUUAUGGUUGGAAGAUUUAUUUUUUUGCAUUAGUCUUUACUGUGAAGCCAAGCGAGCGUUCCCUUUUCCACCUCACCUGUCGAAGGUGUCUGCAGGUGCACCUGCGCGAGUCGUGGUCCAGCUGUGCUUCAGUGUUUGAUCCUGUUUUAGGUUAACGCCGUUUCUGUGACGUCGGGUUUUUGUUUCCCGUGUUUGUGUGUUUAAACGAUGCUUGCGCUGAAAGUCUCCCCACAGCAUCGCACCUCCACAGCCUGCACCGCUCACACAGGCGGGCUGGUUGUGUUCUCCCCACCUCUGAGCCGACCACGUCGCAGCAGACGUAAGGAGACGUCCAGAUUGGUCGGUUUGUUUUUUCUGUUCUUAGCUUCAGGAGUGAGACGGCGUGAUCUGCUGCUGCUCUUCUGCGCACCUUGGUUAUAACGAGUUGUUAUUUUAUUGGUUAUCGAUUAGCGGUUAUUUCUUUUGACUUCCUGUCAGCUCGAAGCAGUCUGCCCUUCUCCUCUGACCUCAGCAGGGCGUUUCCUGAACUCUAGAGCAGGCGUGUCAACCGUACGAGAUGAUUUCAUCUGUCAGUCGUUAACUGGCCGCCAGUAUGUGGGAGCCGGACCUUCAGCCCUACUGGGAACCCAUGCAGACAGGGCGGCGCAGUAUUUUGAUUUUGAUGGGCACACCAUGUGGUCAUCUGUGAAAGAAGAGGGCAAAGCUUCUUUAGCAGCAGUACCUGCUCGGCACGGUUCACCACGGUUAUCAGGGUUUCAUCAGGUCGUAGUACCUGGUACCAGGUGAUCCGAGCCGGUCCUGCAGCUCGCAGUCUGACGGCAUCAGGGAAAAGCUUUCCCCUCACAGUCCUCGUGCAGAUGAAAUGUGCUUUGUGAUGAGAUGCUUCAUCGAUUCAUUUGUUAGUACUUGAAGACACUUCCAUCCUCGAUAAAGCCGACUCCAGGUCACUGAGG